AAACAGUUGCACGGAGCGGAGCUGUAUGCUCUCUGUGGGACUGGGCACAUUUUCUUGUACUGAUUAAUAAUUGUGAAUGGAAAGGCUUGUAAGAGAGUGUCGUUGCUGACUGUGUAGCCUAGCGGGAUAUCGUUAGCAGCGAAAACCGGUGUAUGGUUGUUUUAUUCAAGGGAAGACGGAGGCGGCUAAUCAGCGCUUGUCGACGACCAUGGCAGCGGCGACCGUGGUGGAAGCUGAACCGGCGACGAGCGAAGGUGGUGCCGCUUUCUCUGGCGUCCAGAGCCGGGGUUGGGAUGAAUCCCAGCUCCGAAAGUAUUCUUUCCUCACCAAGCCCAUUCCCAGGCUGUCUCACACGGACCCGAGAGCAGAAAUGCUAAUAAACAAUGAGGAACCGGUGGUUUUGACAGACACAAACCUCGUGUACCCAGCUCUCAAAUGGGAUAUCGCAUACCUCAAGGACAACAUUGGAAACGGAGACUUCUCUGUUUACAUUUCAGGAAACCACAAAUUCCUUUACUACGAUGAGAAAAAAAUGUGCAACUUUGAGAACUUUGUCCCGAAGUCUCAGCGAAUGGAAAUGAAGUUUAACGAAUUUGUGGAUCAAAUGCACGAAACGGAGGAAAGGGGAGGAGAUGAAAGGGUAUAUCUGCAGCAGACGCUGAACGACACAGUAGGAAAGAAGAUCGUUGUUGACUUUCUUGGUUUCAACUGGAACUGGAUCAACAAGCAGCAAGCCAAGAGAAGCUGGGGACAGCUGACAUCCAACCUCCUGCUCAUAGGCAUGGAGGGCAAUGUGACGCCAGCGCAUUAUGACGAGCAGCAGAAUUUCUUUGCACAGAUUAAAGGCCAUAAGAGAUGCAUCCUCUUCCCGCCAGACCAGUUUGAAUGUCUCUAUCCAUACCCUGUUCAUCACCCCUGUGACAGACAGAGCCAAGUUGAUUUUGAUAACCCAGACUAUGAGAAGUUUCCAAAUUUUAAAAAUGUUGUUGGCUAUGAGGCUGUCGUGGGCCCCGGAGACGUGCUCUACAUCCCAAUGUACUGGUGGCAUCACAUUGAAUCGCUGCUGAAUGGUGGAGUGACAAUCACUGUAAACUUCUGGUACAAAGGUGCCCCCACACCUAAGAGGAUAGAAUACCCUCUGCGGGCUCAUCAGAAAGUAGCCAUCAUGAGGAAUAUUGAAAAGAUGCUGGGAGAAGCACUCGGAGAUCCACAUGAGGUUGGACCUUUGCUGAAAACAAUGAUCAAGGGGCGAUACGAGCAGGAUCUUAGUUAGACCCCUACCCUUAAAAACUGCUGACUAGACUGCUUCGGAAACUGUGUGCAUGUGAUGCUGACACUGCUGUGUGUGUAAGCACUGUCUUUGGAGCUACGCAUCACUGCAUGGCAAUAAGCGGCCAUCAUGAAAACGCUGCUUCAGUCUUCGAGUGCCAUUGUCAUUGGAAAAAUACAAAAGCAACAGAAGAAACAUCGAUCAAACAUUCAUGUUCUCGUUUUCUUUUGUCUAUUCGUACCGAUCUGUCAGUGCUGUAUCAGUUUUACAAUUCAAGCUGCUGAUUGUCUGAGAUUGGUACCUUUAGAGAAGCAUUGUUAUUUUAACCACUAAUGAAAGAGUCAGAGGGGUAUUAUAUGUACAGUGCACAUCAGGAUAUAUGUCAUAUACAUGGAGUAACACAGUUUUGGUUUGACUAGUAAAUUUCAUUUCAUUAUGUUGUAAUAAUAUUCUUUAUUGCAAUGCAAAGACAGCUUUACAGCUGAGGAUUUUGGGAAUAUUUAUCUGCGUUUUCUCUAUGCCUACUUAUGACUUGCUUUGGAAAGCAAUCAGCAAGACUUCUUGUUUAAAAAA